AUGCAGUUCGUCGCCUCUCACACUCGCAUUUCAAUCCCUAGACUCUACGUUGUUCACGUAGAAAAGGAAACCGGUUCUAUUUUCAUUGAGAUGGCCUACAUCAAAGGCGCAUGCCUAGAAAGUGCCUGGAACCGCUUGUCGACAGGCGAGAGAGAUACCGUCUUCGUCGACAUCAAACAGCAUCUUUCCUGGCUUCGCGAGCUACAACCUCCAGCACAGGACAUAGUCUCGUCUGCUUAUGAGAACCUUGCCUAUAACUGCCGGAUCGGAGCUCGGUCUUUCGGUCCUAUGCACCAGCACGAAUGCCAUUCAUUAGCACGAGAGCAUAUUAUGGAAGACGUCGCGCCGUUCCUUAGCCAGAAGGUAUCAGAAAUCCACAAGAUCAUUCAGGCGUAA